AUGCGAUGUGCGCCGGUCGUCUCGCUUCACCCCCAGUCGCCUAUUCUCAACUCCUCCCCAUCCGACACAGGGUUCCCAUCGGGCAACGGUCUCCUCGGCACCUGUCGCGCACUACAAUCUCUACUCAACAGAUCGCCCACACCUUCAUCGCGAUCAGUGAAAUCCCAACGCCUCCAGAGCCCCAUCCCCUUCAACACACCUCAACCGCCGCUCUCACACCCCCUCCCCCCUCCAUCUGCACCCGCCCGCGGCGCAAACAAGCGCCGCCGCGACAUCCUCGAUGACGAUGACAGCGACGCGGAAACGGGUCGGCGCAACCGCUUCGCGACUCCCAAACGCCGUCGCCACGUUCCCUACAAUAUGCCUCUCGGCCUUUCCUCUACAGACUUUUACUCUCUACACUCUCCUCCUGUCACCCAAUCUCCUCCCUCUCCGCCUCGUCGCCGCGUGGACUAUGACAUCCCAGCUGGCUCACCCGACCCAGACGCGCCUCUGCCCUCCAUCGAGGUAACAGAGGAACAUAUCCCUUCGGCUCCACAAGACUGGACCGCCGAAGAAGACGAGCGUCUUCUCGAGCUGGUCCUCGAGAAAUUCCGCCUCUCCCAACAAGAAUGGGAUGAGUGCGCGCGCCAAAUGGGUCGCAGCCAUGUCGGGUCCAGGUGGCAGUCCCUCGUUGGUGAGGGUCGUGUUGGCCUGCGUCCGCGUCGGUGUUGA